GCGGUAGGGUCGUUUAUAGGGUUCGAUCCCCGGCUCCGGCAGAUGCUCGUCCGGGCUGCCUGGGGUAGAGACGCGCCGGCUUUUACAUGCCGCCCCACCAGGCCGGGCCGGGUGAAUCACGCCGCAGCCCGAGAAGGGGCGGAGGUGCCGGCUCCCUGGCUCCGGCUGCGUGACUCACCCGCCCCCGCCGCCGCCGCUUCGGGAGGAGCCGCCUCUACUACCUUCCGGAAGCGAGCGAAGGCCGGGAGCGCAGAACAGCCCGCCAGGGGUCCUGGCCUGCCCAGCCCCGAGUGGCAGCUAGGAACUACAGCCAGGAUGCCUGGACAAUGCUGAGUAAGGGUCUGAAGCGCAAGCGGGAGGAGGAGGAGAAGGAGGAAACCCUGGCAGUGGACGCAUGGUGGCUGGAUCCCGGCCACCCAGCAGUGGCACAUACACCCCCAACUGUGACCUCCAGCUCCCUCUUUGACCUCUCGGUGCUCAAGCUCCACCAUAGCCUGCGACAGAGUGAGCCAGACCUGCGGCACCUGGUGCUGGUGGUGAACACGCUGCGGCGGAUCCAGGCAUCCAUGGCCCCCACAGCUGCCCUGCCCCCUGUGCCCAGCCCUCCUGCAGCCCCCAGCAUGGCUGACAACCUACUGGCCAGCUCGGACGCUGCCCUCUCAGCCUCCAUGGCCAGCCUCCUGGAGGACCUCAGCCACAUUGAGGGCUUGAGCCAGGUUCCUCAACCUUUGGUAGAUGAAGGGCUGCCAGGCCGCCCCAUUGGGGGUACCCCACCUGGCCUGGGUGCCUUGGACCUGCUGGGCCCAGCCACUGGCUGUCUGCUGGACGAUGGGCUUGAGGGCCUGUUUGAGGACAUUGAUACCUCCAUGUAUGACAGUGAACUUUGGGUACCAGCUUCUGAGGGCCUCAAACCUGGCCCUGAAGAUGGACCGAGCAAGGAGGAAGCUCCAGAGUUGGAUGAGGCAGAGCUGGACUACCUCAUGGACGUGCUGGUGGGCACACAAGCACUAGAGCGACCACCAGGGCCGGGGCGCUGACCACUAGACCUGGAGUGGUUGUCUGGUAUCCGAACUGAGCCUGGUGGGUGGACCAGCUUUCCUUGGAAUGACACAGCUGGCCCCUAGUACAGAGAGAGGAUUUGGGCCAUGCUGGAGAGACAGCAUCCAGUUCUGGGUGACUUCACAUCUCUACUUUUGUCUCAGGACUGGUGGGAAAGUCUGGGAUUGGGCCCUUGUGACAGAAUCUGGUGGCUGGAUUGUGUUUGGGCCAAGCCUCAUGCUGGACUGAUUCCCUGGGGUCAUAGCUGGGCUGUUCCUUCCCUGAUGUGGGAAGAGACCCCAACCAUUUUUUGAAAUUAAAAUAAGUCCUGGGAAAUCUCAA